AGUUUGAAAGAAGCCCUGCGUUUGACCAAAGAUGUCUCGGAGAUCGACUAGGUUAGUGGAAAAGACGAAUGUUGUAUCUGAGGGAAACCUUAAAGCUCAUAGAAGGAGUCAAAAGUCGACACAAAAUAAUGAGGUUAAGCUAAAUGAAGUUAUGUUUCCCCCAUCUUUUGAGCAAUUAGAGGGAAAGAAGAGAAAGACGUACAAUAAGAGGUCAAUGGUCACAAAAGCAACUGCUUCGAAGAAUCAGGGGAUCGACAAAAAAGGGAGUGGGAGAUUAAGGAAGAGGGUGUAUUAUCAAAAAGUGGUUUUUGAUGGCGGUGAAUUUGAGGCUGGGAACGAUGUUUAUGUGAAGAGGAGAGAAGAUGCAAGCUCUGAUGAUGAAGAUCCUGAAGUUGAGGAGUGUAGAGUGUGCUUUAAAUCUGGAAACGCUAUAAUGAUAGAGUGUGAUGACUGUCUUGGUGAUUUCCAUUUGAAGUGUUUGAAGCCUCCAAUGAAGGUGGUUCCUGAGGGGGAUUGGAUUUGUGGGUUUUGUGAGGCUGCCAAAUUGGGCAAAGAGGUUCAAUUGCCAAAGCCUCCGGAGGGUAAAAAACGGGUUAGGACAAUGAGGGAGAAGCUUCUAGCUGGCGAUUUAUGGGCUGCUCACAUUGAAAGUAUAUGGAAAGAAGUAACGGGUAACCAUCAUUGUAAGGUUAGAUAGUAUAUAAUCCCAGAAGAGACUGCAGCUGGAAGGCAACCGCAUAACUUGAAGAGAGAGCUUUACUUGACUAAUGAUUUUGCAGAUAUUGAGAUGGAAUCGCUUCUUAGACUGUGUGAAGUCAUGAAUCCGAAAGACUAUUAUAAAGCCAAGGAAGGGGAUGAUAUAUUUUUAUGUGAGUAUGAAUAUGGCGUUCGUUGGCAUAGUUUCAAGAGGUUGGCUGAAAUUGAUAAAGAACAGGAUAGUGAAGCAGUUGAUAGUGACACAGAGUGGAAGUUGGACCAGAAUGCAGAUUCCGAUUCAGACGGUGAUGUGAAAUAUGAAGAAGAGAGAGCACAAAUUUUACUAUCUCGAAUUAGCUCAACCCAUGAAUUAGCUGCAAAUUCAAAGAAAGGACAAUUUUGUGGACUACAAAAGAUAGGAGCUAAGAAGAUCCCAGAGCAUACAAGAAGUCGCAAACAGACUGAAUUGGAAAGAGCAAAGGCAACCCUCAUGUUGGCGUCACUACCCAAGUCCCUUCCGUGUAGAAAUAAAGAAAUCGAGGAGAUAACUACAUUUAUUGAAAGUGCUUUAUGUGAUGAUCAAUGCUUGGGUCGAUGCUUGUACAUCUAUGGUGUUCCAGGAACAGGUAAGACAAUGAGUGUGCUGUCGGUAAUGAGAAACUUGCGGGCUAAAGUUGAUGCAGGAAAUCUAAGGCCUCAUUGCUUUGUGGAGGUUAAUGGUCUAAAGCUGGCAGCACCAGAAAAUAUAUACAGGGUUAUUCAUGAAGCAUUAACUGGGCAUAGGGUUAAUUGGAAAAAGGCGCUUCAGUUGUUGACCAAACGUUUUUCAGACGUAAAUAGUUGCAGGGAUGAUGAGCGACCUUGCAUUCUGCUCAUUGAUGAACUUGAUCUUCUUGUAACAAGAAAUCAGUCAAUUCUGUACAACAUUCUCGAUUGGCCUACAAAGCCACAAGCCAAGUUGAUUGUGAUAGGAAUUGCAAAUACCAUGGACCUACCAGAGAAGUUGCUUCCUCGAAUUUCAAGCCGAAUGGGUAUUGAAAGGCUUUGAGCAAUGUGCAACAUGAUUCCUGCUUUUUCAGAGCUCUUGUUCGGCAGCGUAGUCGAAUCAUAUAAGGAGAAAGACUAAUACUUGCUAGGACGUGACAGUAAGACUAUGAUCAUACGAUAGUGGAUUUAUAAUUUCGUA